GACUGAUAGCAGCUUUCCAUUAACUGCUGCUCCUAUCAACAUGUUGCCUGGUGAUUUCAAAGAAGAGGUCCCUGAAGAACAGAAUCCUGAUGUUGACCAGCAGGAGCUGGAGCUUCUGCACACAAAGGAGGAAAGUGAAAGAAUGUGGGCCAGCCAGGAAGGAGAGCAACUGAAUUUGAAGGAGAAUGAAGAUACUAGGUUUCCAUUAACUGUUGUUUAUGUGAGUGAAGAGGUUGAAGAGAAACCAUCUAGCAUUUCAGUUGACCAUAUAAAAUUGAAAAUUAAAGAGGAUGACUUAAAUUUGGAUUCAAUGAAAAAAGUUCUCUUAAGUAGCAGAAAUAUUAACUGGAAAAAAAAUCUAAAGACAAACAUAACAAUCCACACCGGGGAAAAAUCCUUUGGUUGUGAUACUUGCGGAAAAACAUUUUACAAAAAGUCACUUUUAAAAAAGCACAUUAGGAUCCACACGGGAGAGAAGCCUUUUGGUUGUGAUGCAUGUGGGAGAAGAUUUUUGAAUAAGUCAGAUUUAAAAAAGCACACAAGAAUCCAUACAGGAGAGAAACCUUUUGGUUGUGAUGAUUGUGGUAAAAGAUUUUCCACAAAGUUAAGUUUAAAUUUCCACAUGGCAGACCACACUGGUCAGAAACCCCUUGAUUGUGAUGUUUGUGGGAAAAGUUUUACCCUCACCUCACGUUUUAAGAAACACAGGAGAAUGCACAAGGGAGAGAAACUCUUUGGUUGUGAGGCAUGUGGUAAAAAAUGUUCUUCAAAGGCUGCCUUGGGUAAUCACAUGAGAAUACACAUGGAAGAUAAACCUUUUGCUUGUGAUGCAUGUGAUAAGAUGUGUUCCUCAAAGUCAGAUUUUAAUAUACAUAAGAGAAUACACAGAGAGAAACUAUUUGGCUGUGAUUCUUGUGACAAAAGGUUUUUUUCAAACUCACAUUUAAUAAGACACACAAGAAUUCACACCGGAGAGAAACCAUUUGAUUGUAAUGCAUGUGGGAGAAGUUUUUCCUGUAAGUCACAUUUAAAAACACACACAAGAAUCCACACGGGAGAGAAACAUUUUGGAUGUGAUGUUUGUGGUAUAAGAUGUUCUUCAAAGUGGGAAAUAACCAAACAUAUGAGAAUCCAUACAGGAGAGAAACCCUUUGCUUGCGAUGCAUGUGGUAAAGGAUGUUCAUCAAAGUCAGAGUUAAACAGUCACAUAAGAAUCCACACAGGAGAAAAGCCAUUUGGUUGUGAUGUAUGUGGUAAAAGAUUUUCCACAAAGUCAGCCUUAAAUACUCAUAUGAGACUGCACACAGGAGAGAAACCUUUUGUGUGUUAUGUUUGUGGGAAAACAUUUAUCACAAAAAUGAAUUUAGACAUACACAUGACAAACCACACAGGAGAUAAACCGUUUGGUUGUGAUGCAUGUGGUAAAAACUUUUCCACAAAGUCAGCCUUAAAUACACAUAUGAGAAUCCACACGGGAGAAAAAUCUUUCUCUUGUGAUGCUUGUGGUAAAAGAUAUUCCUCAAAGUCGCAUUUAAACAGACACAUUAUAAUCCAUACAGGAGAAAAACCCUUUUGCUGUGAUGAAUGUGAUAAAAACUUUUACUCAAAGUCAGACCUUAACAAACACAUUAGAAUUCACACAGGAGAGAAACCUUUUGGUUGUGAUGCUUGUGGUAAAAGAUUUUCCCACAAGUCACGUUUAAAAAAACAUAUUGGAAUCCACACUGGAGAGAAACCCUUUGGUUGUGAUGCAUGUGGUAAAACAUUUUACUCAAAGUCAGACUUGAACAAACACGUUAGAAUCCACACGGGAGAGAAACCUUUUUGUUGUGAUGCUUGUGGUAAAAGAUUUUCCUUCAAGUCAUAUUUAAAAACACAUAUUAGAAUUCAUACAGGAGAGAAACCCUUUGCCUGUGAUGCUUGCGGGAAAGGAUUUUUCCACAAGUCACGUUUAAAGACACACAGUAGAAGCCACACAGGAGAGAAACCAUUUGGUUCUGAGGUGUGUGUAAAAGUCAAGUAAAUUGGUUACACACCAAAUCACCAAAGAAAAACAAGCUAAUUUAAUGUGCAUUCUAAGGCACCAGAAAAUUAACGUAUCAGCAGAGUUUCCACACCAUAUUAUAACCCCACCACCACCACCAGCCUAAGCGUUGUUUGUUUAUUUGAAAUGCCUCAAUGUUUGUGAGCGACAUAAAAUGGUCAAAGUUCCCGUCCGGGAGAAAACCUCCCGGUGUAAAUAAGCUAAUGCGCUAGCUGCUGUUAGUUUGAUGCACACUACCUUCAUGCAGCGCCCCUCUUUCUUUCAUGAUGCAACACUCCACAUGCUUCCACCAUGCCACCCCCUCCUUCCCACUCCACCUUCUGCAACCCACCUUGACACCUACCGCCAGCAUUACCCCAUUGUCUCGGGGAAACCCUGCAGAGUAUGACACAGCUAUUAAUAAUUUUAAGCACAUUUCAUUUAAAAUGAAAUAUUAAAUUGAACAAAGGAAAAUGGCAGCUUAUUUACUCAACAAUGUGAGAAACUACUAUAAUAAAUGUAUAGACAAUGUCUUGGAGUAGUUAUGGCAUAUGCAAGUGUACAUCAGCAUCUUAGAGACUACUGAUAGUCAGAUAAUAAAUUAAAUAUUCAGUUAAACAGAGGAAAUGCAACCAGUUCACACAACAAUGUGAGAAAAAUAUCUAAUAUGCAUGAUUUUACUAGAAACAUCCAGAGUAGCAUAAACCGUGUGCAGAUGUACAUCAGGGUUCGCAGUGUUGUAUUCGCUGUAUUGCCAGGCAUGUUUGGAUAUUUUGCAUUCUGCUUUCACAGUUUGAUAUGAGGAUAAUUUUGAGGCCUAAUAAAGAUGAAUUUGUUCAAGUCUUUUA